GAGGAAGGGGGAGCUAGUGCUAGCGCGGUGUAUGCCGGGAUCGGGGCGGGCCGUGCUCGCACUCAGAGGCCCAGCGCGGGGCGGCCGCUCGCUCGGUGUCUCGGGGCGGCGGCGACCGUUGGGGCGGCUCCGGAGGCUCCUACCCGGCGGGGAUGGCGGAUGCGGCGGCUUCCCCGGUGGGGAAGCGGCUCCUGCUGCUCCUGACGGCCAGUCCCGACGAGGGUGAAGCGGUGGGGCUGGAGCCGGGGCCUGCCCUGCCCUCUCGGGCUUGGCGGAGCGGCACCGUGCGGGCCAUGAGCGGAGCGGUGCCCCAGGACCUGGCGAUCUUUGUGGAGUUUGAUGGCUGCAACUGGAAGCAACAUGCCUGGGUGAAAGUUCAUGCUGAAGAGGUCAUAGUGUUGCUGCUGGAAGGGUCACUGGUAUGGGCUCCUCGAAGUGAUCCAGUUCUGCUUCAGGGAACUCAGAUCUCACUUGCACAGUGGCCUGCACUGACCUUCACUCCCUUAGUAGAUAAGCUGGGUUUAGGCUCCGUGGUUCCUGUGGAGUUUCUUCUGGACCGAGACCUGAGAUUCCUGUCUGAUGCCAGUGGAUUAUGUCUGUUUCAGAUGGGAACAGAGAGCCAGAACCAAGUUCUGCAGGAGCAAUCUGAACUGAGAGACUCGGUCAACGCAUUAAUUAGUGACCAGAAACUUCAGGAAAUAUUUAGCAGAGGUCCCUACAGUGUCCAAGGCCAAAGAGUUAAGGUGUACCAACCAGAGGAUGAAAAUAGCUGGCUCUGUGGUGUUGUGACCUGUCAAGACCCCAUCACUCGUCUGAUGGAAGUGUCCGUGACUGAGACUGGUGAGAUAAAGUCAGUGGAUCCCCGACUGGUUCAUGUAGUGAUGGACAAUUCUGUUCCACCAAAUGAGGGAGGGGGCCUAAAAGCAGCUAAAUCUUCGAAAGGGAAAAAGAAGAGAGAGAGUAUGGAAGGAAAGGAUGGACGAAGGAGGAAAAAUGCUUCAGACUCCGGAUGUGAUCCUGCAACAAAGAAGCUAAAAGAGAGGGGUGAAGUGGAUAGUAAUGGGAGUGAUGGAGGUGAGGCAAGCAGGCCUCCUUGGAAAGGAGGCACUGGAAGUGAAACAGGGCUGGAUGCAAGGGCCAAGCAGCUGCCUCCUUUUGUUCCUCAGAUUAAUCGCAAUAUUCGCUUUGCCACUUACACCAAAGAGAAUGGCCGAACUCUGGUGGUGCAGGAUGAGCCAGUGGUUGGUGACACACCUGUACCCUUCACUCCUUUUUCUUCAGCCGCUAGUCAAGCACUGCUGGUUGGAGCUGGAUGUAAAGAGGCAGGAAAAUCACUGGAACAGGUUGGCCAAAGCAUGGGGGCUUCUCCAGCAGCUGUUACUACAGCUGCUUUGACACCAACAACUGUGCGGAUCUCUGACACUGGCAUGUCAGCAGUUACUGGACAAGAGAAACAGAAAACAGGCUGGUCACAAGCUCAGGGAGAGAAUUCCCGAAAUUCACUUCUGACCUCUUCUGGAUUUGGAGCAUCUCUCCCAACUGCAUCCCAGCCUUUGGCAUUUGGGGAUGGAAGAAGCCAAUCAAAUGGAGUAUUGUCUCCAGCAAACAAGCCUGUUGGGUUUCCAUUUGGUUGUAGCACUGGGCAAGAGACUCAGAAAGACUCUGAUCUGUCAAAGAACUUAUUUUUUCAGUGCAUGUCCCAGAAUCUGCCCUCCAGUAACUAUUUCACGGUCAUCUCAGAGAGUUUGGCUGAAGAGCCCUCUAGUCGGGACUCAUUCAAGCAGAGUGCGGACAGUCUGGGCUCUGGGAUCUGUAAAAGUAAAUCUCUUCUUGCAGCAGACACUAAACCUGCAGCCCCAUCUGGCAGUUCUGUGGACCGGAAGCUGCCCUUGGAGUCUAUGCCCACCCUCACUCCAGCCUUUUCACGAAGCCUCUUGAAUACUCGACCUGCAGAUAAUCAUGAAAACCUAUUUUUACAGCCCCCAAAACUGUCCCGAGAGGAGCCCUCCAAUCCUUUCCUGGCAUUUGCUGAGAAAGCAGAACUCAGUCCUUUCAGCAGCUUUGCAUCUUCAUCUCAGACCGUAUCUAUACCCCCUUCAGCUAUGGGUCUAAAGGCUGCUUCUAGCUGGCCAGAAUCACACACCUCAUCAGACUCUUCUUCUCUAGCUAAGAAGAAAACCUUGUUCAUAACAACAGAUUCCUCCAAGAUGGUUUCUAAUGCUCCUAGUUCAGCUGCUGUUGCUGGUGUUCAGAGCCCAUCCACUGUGGGGAAUGGCCGUUCCAGCUCACCCACUGGCAGCCUGACACAGCCUAUUGAGAUGCCCACGCUCUCCUCCAGCCCAACAGAAGAAAAGCCAUCUGUUGGGCCUGGGCAGCAAGACAAUCCUCUCCUGAAAACUUUUUCUAAUGUGUUUGGCAGGCACCCGCCUGGCUUUUUCUCUUCACAGGCAGAGUUUGCACAGGAGAACAAAGCCCCCUUUGAAGCUGUGAAAAGGUUCUCUUUAGACGAGCGGAGCAUGACAUCCAGACAGGACUCAGAUUCUAGUACCAACAGUGACCUGUCAGACUUGAGUGAUUCUGAGGAGCAGCUGCAGGCCAAGGCCUGUCUAAAGGGAAUCCCAGAGCAUCUGAUUGGCAAGCUCGGCCCCAGUGGAGAGCGGAAUGCUGAACUGCUGCUGGGAAAAGGGAAAGGAAAGCAGGCCCCAAAGGGCCGGCCUCGUACAGCCCCCCUGAAAGUUGGCCAGUCUGUGCUGAAAGACAUGAGUAAGGUGAGGAAGCUGAAGCAGUCAGGAGAGCCUUUCCUCCAGGAUGGAUCUUGCAUCAAUGUAGCCCCUCAUCUGCACAAGUGUCGGGAGUGUCGUCUGGAGCGGUACCGCAAGUUUAAGGAGCAGGAGCAGGAUGACUCAACUGUGGCCUGUCGCUUCUUCCAUUUUCGGAGACUGAUAUUUACUCGGAAAGGUAUCCUACGAGUGGAAGGAUUCUUAAAUCCCCAGCAGAGUGAUCCUGAUGCCAUGAGCCUGUGGAUUCCGUCGUCGUCCCCUGCAGAGGGUAUUGACCUGGAGACCUCUAAAUAUAUCCUGGCCAAUGUUGGGGACCAGUUCUGCCAACUUGUUAUGUCUGAGAAGGAGGCGAUGAUGAUGGUGGAGCCACACCAGAAAGUAGCCUGGAAGCGAGCUGUCCGUGGUGUGAGGGAGAUGUGCGAUGUAUGUGAGACAACCCUCUUCAAUAUUCAUUGGGUUUGUCGCAAAUGUGGUUUUGGAGUCUGUCUGGACUGUUAUCGGCUGAGGAAGAACCGUCCACGUAGCGAGACAGAGGAGAUUGGUGAUGAGGAGGUUUUCUCAUGGUUGAAGUGUGCAAAGGGGCAGUCCCAUGAACCAGAGAAUCUUAUGCCAACACAGAUCAUCCCUGGAACAGCUCUUUACAAUAUAGGAGACAUGGUACAUGCAGCCAGAGGCAAAUGGGGGAUUAAAGCUAACUGUCCAUGUAUUAACCGGCAAAACAAAUCUGUGUUGAGACCUGCUGUCACAAAUGGGAUGUCACAGCUUCCCAGUAUAAAUCCUGGUGCAUCAGCCUCUGGAAGUGAGGGCACCUUCUCCAGUGGGGCAGGGACAGUAGGAUUGGGGCAGCUAGAAAUGGACACUGAUCCUAAACCUGAGGCCACAGAUGGAAGAACUGAGGAGUCUGCGAAAACAGAGACCUCGCCAACCAGCAACCCCACUGAAACAAAAUCUAGCAGGCCACUGUGUCCAGAAACAUCCCCCUCAUCAGCCUUGCACUGGCUUGCAGAUUUAGCAACACAAAAAGCAAAAGAAGAAACAAAAGAAGCUGGAUCCCUGAGAUCGGUGCUCAAUAAAGAAUCCCAUUCGCCCUUUGGAUUGGAUUCCUUCAACUCCAGUACAAAGGUUUCUCCAUUAACCCCCAAAUUGUUUAAUAGUCUCUUGUUGGGCCCAGUUGCAUCUAGUAACAAAGCUGAAGGCUCCAGUCUCAGAGAUCUGCUACACUCUGGGCCAGGAAAGCUGCCCCAGGUCCCACUAGAUACAGGAAUCCCUUUUCCUCCAGUCUUUUCUGCAGCUUCCACGGGGGCCAAGAGCAAAGCCAGUCUGCCCAACUUCCUGGAUCAUAUAAUUGCUUCUGUGGUGGAGAAUAAGAAGACAUCUGAUGCUGCAAAACGAGCAAGUAACUUGGCUGAUACACAGAGAGAGGUGAAGGAAAUGGUAAUGGGAUUAAAUGUGCUGGAUCCACACACCUCACAUUCCUGGCUCUGUGAUGGAAGGCUCUUGUGUCUUCAUGACCCCAGCAACAAAAACAACUGGAAGAUCUUCAGGGAGUGUUGGAAACAGGGCCAGCCUGUGCUGGUCUCUGGAGUCCAUAAGAAGCUGAAAUCAGAGCUCUGGAAACCAGAGGCCUUCAGCCUAGAAUUUGGAGACCAGGAUGUUGAUCUGGUGAACUGCAGGAACUGCGCCAUAAUUUCAGAUGUGAAAGUGCGUGACUUCUGGGAUGGCUUUGAAAUCAUUUCCAAGCGUCUGAGAUCAGAUGAUGGGCAGCCAAUGGUGCUGAAACUAAAGGACUGGCCUCCAGGGGAGGAUUUUAGAGACAUGAUGCCUACGAGGUUUGAGGAUUUGAUGGAGAACCUCCCUCUCCCAGAGUAUACCAAGAGGGAUGGCAGACUGAAUCUGGCCUCUAGAUUGCCGAGUUACUUUGUACGGCCUGAUCUGGGUCCCAAAAUGUACAAUGCAUAUGGGUUAAUAACUGCAGAAGACAGGCGAGUUGGUACAACCAAUCUCCAUUUGGAUGUGUCUGAUGCUGUUAAUGUCAUGGUGUAUGUUGGCAUCCCCAUUGGGGAAGGAGCCCAUGACGAUGAAGUACUGAAAACAAUUGAUGAGGGAGAUGCUGAUGAUGUGACAAAGCAGCGAAUCCAUGAAGGGAAAGAGAAGCCUGGAGCACUGUGGCACAUCUACGCUGCCAAGGAUGCUGAGAAGAUCCGUGAACUUCUCCGAAAGGUUGGAGAUGAACAAGGCCAAGAAAACCCCCCGGAUCAUGAUCCAAUUCAUGACCAAAGUUGGUAUCUGGACCAGACCCUACGUAAGCGUCUUUAUGAGGAAUAUGGAGUACAAGGCUGGGCAAUAGUGCAGUUCCUGGGAGAUGCUGUGUUUAUUCCUGCAGGUGCCCCCCACCAGGUUCAUAAUCUGUACAGUUGCAUUAAAGUGGCAGAAGAUUUUGUAUCUCCAGAACAUGUAAAGCACUGCUUCCGCCUGACCCAGGAAUUCAGGCACCUAUCUAACACUCACACAAACCAUGAGGAUAAACUGCAGGUGAAGAACAUUAUCUACCAUGCAGUAAAAGAUGCUGUUGGCACACUGAAGGCUCAUGAAUCCAAAUUGGCUAGGUCUUAGGAGUUGCUAAUUCUAACCCUCCCCCUCCCGUGAAGUAAGCCUUUUCUCACAGUACAUACAGGGACUGCACAUGACUUCCUCUGCAGGAGCAGAGGCCUCUCACUAAGAGCUGGUGUGGUCAGUAUUACAUACACCCUUCAGCCACUGUUUCUACACUGCCUCAAUAUUGAAAGUCUGAUGGAAGAUCGCACUGUUACAUGCAGAAUUCCUUAUUCUAAUGAAAGGUGCCGUGUCCCUUUCCUGUGGCCUUUUGCAAAUUGGAAUUGCCUGGAAACCAUGUGGUGUUCCUCCAUAUUAUGAUUAGAAGUGGUAUAAGAGUGUGGACAUUUUUCCUCAUGCCUAGUUAGUCUCCAAGAAGUUAUAAGGAAUGUGCUAGAGGUGGGGUAUCCUACUGCAGACCUAGGUAGAUAGCUGCUGAAUGAGUGUGAUCAACAGGAGUCCAACCACAGAAAUACACACAAUCCUCCCUAGUGCGAUACAGGAAAAGGGAUAAAGCUGUUCUUCACACACCCCUUCUUGUAGCCAUUUCUCUAUACACUGUAGAAUUACAGAUAUACAGGGAGAACCCACUGCUUUUCCCAGGAGGCUCCAGGAGUAGGAGAAUUGUGUAUUUAGUGAAAAACUAGGUUUGUAGUGAAACAGUUAAUAUUUCAUGAAAGUAGAUAUUUUUAGUAUUUUUGAAAUAUCACAACUGUUACUGGAUUUACAAGGAAAGGCACAUUACAUUUAGUCUUCCUUUCAAUAAAAUCAAGAAAUGAUUUAUAGAAAUCAGUCUAAAAUAGCACAAAAUCAGCCAAAGGAGAGCGAAUAGAAACGGACUCCUCACUCCCCACAGAUUCCACAAAGUGAGAAGUAAAACAGGACAUGUAUUUUGUCCUGACAUGGAGAUGUUGUCCAUCUCCCCCUGCACUGGUAGCUCCAGGCGAUAUUUCCCCAAGUACCAGUGGUAGCUCGGGAUGUCUGUCAUUUCCCAAAACUGAAGGAAAAUUAAUUUUCAAUAUUGGCUUUGUCCAGAAAUAUUUUCAGUAAAUUCAGUUUGGUAGAACUGUAUCCAGAAUUAACUAAAUGUCAGCAUUGAAGCGAUGAUUUCAUUGUCUGGGUCCAUGGGGAAAUGUAUCUACCUUCUGCCCAGCUGUACUGUAGUGCCACCUGCAGGCCUGUUAAUAUGUUCACUUUUUAAAAUAAAAGUCAUUUACUGUA